AUGGACGAGAACAAGUCACAUCCUCUCCAUGUUACAGGAAUACUCAUAUAUCGUAUACUACGACAAGUUGAAUUUUUAUUGUUAAACGAUACUUUUUCGCAUAAAAAACAUUGGACCGCUCCGAAAGGUGAAGUAAUUCGUCAAGAAGACGAAGUAAAAUGCGCUCUUCGUAAUACAAUCGAAAUCACUGGUCUUUCGGUAAAAGAUUUAAGAAUAGAAGACAGUUUUAGAGCUGAAAUUACUUAUUUAUCUGGAACAAGACCUAAAAGAGUUGUUUAUUACCUUGCCCAAGUAUCGGAUCAUGCCCGUGUUUAUACAAGCGGCGAAGGUCUCAAUUUUGCAUGGUUGCCUCUUAACCAAGCCACUGAGAAAGUUCUUUAUAAGAAUAUGCAGGAAGUUAUUAAGAAGGCCUUCGCGUAUGUCGAGAAUAACAAACCUCCAAAAAAUUCGGAACCUCAACAGCGAUCACGUGUUGAGAAAAAUCAAAUCAAUAGCGAUAGGUUAGAAAGCAAAAUGAAAAUUUGGAACUUUGCUUUACCUUUAGAUUCACAACGACAAGCUAUGAGUCGUCAGUUAGGCAAAGAACAGCGUCAACAACAUAAUCGCCCUGAAAAGAAUGGAAAUGGCUUUUCGUCACCCCUUCACUCUCCAGUGAUGCCAUUCGAAAAUCCGCUUUAUAAAACACGAUUAUGCGAACGCUUCGAGACAGAGAGGUUUUGCCCAUACGGGUCAAAGUGUACAUUUGCCCAUGGAACUGCUGAAUUAAGGGAAAGACCUCCUGGUGAGGAAAAGAUUGACAUACCUCCAACCGCAAAAGAUGGUCCAGAUAAUCCUUUGUAUAAGACACGUUUAUGCGAACGAUUUAUGAAGGAAAAUUUUUGUCAGUAUGGACCUAAGUGUAAUUUUGCUCAUGGAGAGAAUGAAUUAAGAGAAAGACCUAACACUGGUCAAAAUAGUCGCGAAAGCCCUGAACCACAUCCACCUCAUCCACCGCAUUCACACGGUAAAUACCAGCAUCCACAUUAUCGCCAAAAUGUUCUGAACGAAAAUGAAUCGGAAAAGAGAACCUUUCCUCCAAAUCCUAGUAGUAGUGGAAUUCAGAAUGGAAUUUUCAGUCGAAUCGCCAUUUUUUCAGCCUCAGAGCAGGUUCAUUCAACGACAAACAGUCCUCAAACAGAAGGAACGCAAUCUGAAAAAGUGGAACAAACUCAUAAUGAAGCAGGGAAAUUUGAAGACGAAACCGAUGAUGUAUCAAAAUCAGUAGCGUCAUCCGAACAGAAAGCCGAUGAUGAUUCAAAAACGCCGGAUGAGGAAGUAAACGAACAAAAAAAUUCUUCCGUGCAUACGAAUUCUUUCAACAAAGCUGUGACCAAACGUCGAACCGGAAAAGACAUACUUGAUGUUGACGAGAAGCCAUGGAUGCAAGUGGUUGAAUUGUCUAACGUCGAACGAGAACAACUUGGAAAAAUGUAUAAGGAUUCGAUACUUAUUAUUAUGCUAUUGUAUACUCCCAGAAAUAAGCAAUUUAAAUCUCAUAUUGGCAGAGGUAGAACGAUAAUAGAAUACGGAAAUUUGUUAAGGGAUUGCAUAUUUCUUAGAACAGAUAAUACGGCAGCUGUAGAUAAACGUUCUAAUGAAGAAGUUCUCAUCACGGAUCUUAAGCGAUUUUUUGUUCAAUCUUCAGAACAAAAUAAGCCUAUUUCGGAAGAGAUUAAGGAAAUUACGCUCAUCGAAACGAGGAAAGAUUUAUCGAAGUCACAAUUAUUUAAUAUAUUACUUCCGAGCAUGUAUGAUGAUGCAUCAUGGGAAGUUGUAAACAAAGACCUUACUCGAAAGGAAAAAUUAUUUCGAACUUUCAUUCGCUCAAAUCAAGAUCAAGUUAUUUUUCUUAGAUCUUGGGAAAAGUUUAUUACUCAACGUAACACGAGUCUUUUAUCCAAAGCACCGCUUCUUUUUAAGGCUUUUUAUGACAAAGAUUAUGUAGAAGAAGAUUCGGUUAUGGAAUGGUACGAUCAGGCUAAAGAUUCUAACGAUGUGAAAAAGAAAUGUGCAGUUUUUGUCGAUUGGCUUAAGAAUGCUGAAGAAGAAGAAUAG